AAAAACUGCAGCGGCUGUUCUGGAGCCACGCAGGAGGAACCAACUGCGAACGAAACCGAUUUCGAAGGGGAUUUUCCCAUUAGAAACCUCCGGAUUUUAGUCUUUUCUGGCACUCUGGGAUGCGAUUACAUAUUGGAUCUAUGGUUGCCACGAAACGGCGGUGUCGAUGGGGACGCGAUUCGUCGUCGGAAAGGUCCACUUCUUCCACAAAUGAAGAGUGACUGAUUUUCAUCCUACUACAGUGAGUACCUGUAGUCAACUCAUGGAGGGGUUUCCCGUCCAUUGACUUCCGAGGCUGCCCCCAAAAAGCAGGAGCCAUGUCUGCCUGUAGCACCUUUACUGAACAUGUGUGGAAACCUGGUGAGUGCAAAAACUGCUUCAAACCCAAAAGUCUGCACUGCAUUGCCCAGAGCAGUGCAGGCAGGCCUUCAUCUGAGCAGAUGCCUCCAGUGUCCAAACAACAAAACUCUCAAUCUCCUGGGGCCAAGACAAACACUCAGAGAGCUGGGAGUGGGUCAUCCCGAUCAGGACAUUUUCGGCCUCCUGUUGCAAAGAAACCAACAAUCGCUGUGAAACCGACGAUGGUGCUUCCAUGCUCAUCAAUGCGACUGGACUCAGAGGGCACCAUCCAGCCAAUACCAAGUGUCAGGGAAUCGAGCAAAACAUCAGCCUUCACGGUUUGGAACCACAAUGGUCUGAACAGCAAAAUUCCUUGUGGGUCUACAAACAAUAACGAAGGAGAGGACGGCAUUGGGGAGAUUGAUGGUUAUGGACCACUAAGCCCAAGGACCCCAAGUGGAAAUAACAAUAGUGGGCUCACUGAUGUCUUAAAAGAGAUUGCUGGAUUAGGCCCUGGCCCUAGUCCCGCUCAAUUUAGUGCUUCUAAAGACUUGUUUUGGGAUCGAAUUAGUUGCUCAUACCGGCGGUCACUUGAAAGAGGCCUUCCGUCUUCAAGUUGUUUGGCUAUGGGAAGCAGCAGCAAUGGUGUGCCGAAACAUGUUUCUCUAAGUGACGGUAAGAAGAUAAUAAGCACAGAGGGCGGUCGCUAUUGCUACCCAGAAUUUUCAAGUGAAGGAGAAGAUACAGAAGAGGAUUCAGAAAGAGAAGAAGACGAAGAUGAAGAUAAUGAGCAUGAAAGCUGGGAUGAAAGUGAUGAAGAAUUACUGGCAAUGGAGAUUCGCAUGCGAGGUCAGCCACGGUUUGCAAAUUUCCGUGCAGCCACGUUGUCCCCUGUUCCCUUUGCUGCAGGAAAGAAAUGGAACACAGUACCGCUACGCAACAGAUCACUCCAGCGUAUUUGUGCUGUGGAUUAUGAUGAUAGCUACGACGAGAUCUUGAAUGAUCACCCAUCCAUGAAUUCCAGUGGGGCACUUCUUCCAUGUGGAUCUCAUGAAAUGCAUGGCAGUGGCUUCCUCACAAAUGCAGAGUCUACCACUUCUGUAGAGCCUUCAUCUUCCCAGCCCGAGGAUUCCUGUACACCGACCGGCAGUGAGAGUAGUUUCUCCAGUGCUUUCAUGAGUAGAGUGAAUUCGCCAUUACCUUGUAAAGCUCCUGUCGCCUGCACUUCUCCAAAAAAAGAGUCACUUCAAAGAGCAUUAAGUCCCAUCAAGGUUACAGAAACUCAUAAAGCUGUGCUAGCAAUAAGGUUAGAAGAUCAAGAUGGUAGAGAAGGUUCAAAAAUGCCACAGGCUCUUCCCGGUCAACCGGUUACCAUCAGUUUUAGUCCGACAGAAGAGCAAGCUAAACCAUACCGUGUUGUCAAUCUGGAAAAAUCACUCAUUUGCAAACCUUACACUGUAGUUGAUGUAUCGGCAUCGAUGGCUAGCAAAGAAGAGUUUGUGCCAGACUCACAAAACAGGAACCUGGGUACACCUAUUAGCCCAGCUUCAGCUUGUAACACUCCUGUGACUCCGGCCCCAACUUCUCCAGUUCAAAUAAUUUCUGCUGCUGUGCCAACUUCCCCUGUAUCUGUUGCAUCAACAACUGCCUCCCAAAAGAAAUUAGGGAGCAUACGUUACCAAGAGGUUUGGACAUCAAGCACUAGUCCUCGUCAAAAGCUACCAAAAGUUGAUCUUGGGGUUUUGCCGAGGGUAAACAACCAAAUCCCCUCAAAUUCCCAGCGUUCUAGUCACAAGUCUGCACCUACUUCUCCAGUGACUGGUCCUUCUUCUUCACGCACCGUGCCAAUCAAAUCCCCAAACUUAUCAGAGAUCAAGUUUAACAGCUUCAACAAUGCAGGCAUGCCACCGUUCCCAAUCAUCAUCCGAGAUGAGCCUGCUUAUGUGCGCAGCUCCAAAAAUGCAGUCAAGGUUCCCAUCGUCAUCAACCCGAGUGCAUAUGAUAACUUGGCUGUAUAUAAGAGCUUCUUGGGUCUCAGUGGGGAACUGCCUCUCAGCAAGAGUGCGAGCAGCAGAGUCACCAGUCAUACUUAUGAAGAGAUUGGGUCCAUGGAGAGUGUCCAGUCCUCAACUGAGAAGACUAACUCUAGAAAAGGAACUUCAGAGGGAGGUUCCUUUGAAGAGCCCAAAGUGACCCUUAAUGCAGCAACAAAAGCCCCUGUUUUACAUUCUCCAAUGACGAAUGAACCCAGCACUGAAACAAGCACUGUGACUCCUCCUGCUGUGUUGUUACCUUUCACUACAUCAACUCAUUCGAUUGUGGCCUCACCUGGGGGCUUGCCAAAAAGUCCUGUUUUCAUUUCAAUCAAAAAGGACUGCAAAGAGAGUGACACAGGUGGUAAUGAAUGUGCCAAAGAUUCAAAUGAGCCAAGUGGUACUUCAGUGUGCCAUCGGGAGGAGGCCAGUGCUGUGCUCUCACAGAUCGUCUCUUCAAUUCAACCUCCACAAUCUCCUCCUGAAUCCCCCUCUGCGUUUUCCCAAACUUUCAGCUCAGAGGAGCUCUACUCAAUUCCACCAGACGCCUUGAAGGAAACCUUAACCCGGCCCAAGUCUUUUUUCUCUUCCACUGAUGUUUGUCUUUCUAAGCCGAAGAAAAGCACACCCAUCAAGGUUUUGUCUAAAUCACAGAGUGCUUCAGCUGCAGUCCCUCUUUCCAGUGCACAGUCCGAGCCCAAUGUCCCUUUCCCUCCACCCAGGUCGACAUCGUCCCCUUGCCAUGCUUCAAACAUCCUCCAGAAACAUUUUGGGAACUGGACCAAGAGUUCACCUAGCUGUUCUCCUUCAGGACCCCUCGACGGUGAAGCAAGUAAAGAUGCAAGACGAAUUUCUGCUGAUGCUGCUAAGCCAAAGCGUUGGAUCUCAUUUAAAAGCUUUUUUCGUCGAAGGAAAGAAGAGGAUGAGCAGAAAGGUAAAGUUGAAAAAGAGAAAGAAAAAGGGAAGCUGGUUGGCCUUGAUGGAACGGUCAUCCAUGUGCUCCCCCCGCCACCCACACAGAAGCAGAAUUGGUUCACAGAGGCCAAACCUGAAGAUCCCAGACAGAAACCAACCAUCAUAUUCACAUAUAAACCAGAGAGUGGGGCGGGGGAAGAACUGCAGAUUAUUGAAGGCGGGGAGACAUCUCCACUGACAGUGGCUGAAGAUAAAGAAUCAAGACCUCGGAUUCCUGGAACCACAACACAGAUACAUGGCACCGAAGAAGAUUGUGUCAGCAAAGAACUAAGCCGUGCACAAGCCGGUGCUAGUGGAACCAGAGUGCAAGAGCUGCCAGGCAUCACCCCUCUGCCAGCCCAAAUAAAUCUGGACCUGGUCCUGGGGGUGCGAGACCGCAACCAUGUCAGCCAGGGAAGGCAGGCCACUGAACGCAGCAUCGAUGAGCUGGAGGAGGAUGGGAACCAGUCUCGUCUCUCUCACUCGCCUGCCUCCAGCCAAUGUAGUGCCACCUACAGCAAUUUGGGUCAGUCCAGAGCAAAUAUGAUCCCACUGAAGCAUCCCCGAAAUAUCAAGGCAUCAAACGACACCCUGGCUUCCAUCGACUUCGAUGGCUUAAUGGACCAACCGUCUCUUAAAGGCACACCACCUCCUUUACCCAAGAAGAUUCUCCAUCGACCCAGCACAGAACCAUGCACCGUGGGCAAAGAGCCAAUCCAGGGAUCUCUAAAACCCCACGCUGAGGCUAAACCUGGAGGCACAAACCUUAGUGUGGCCAAUCCCCUGUAUGACUUGGAUUCAACUUGGGACACCGCCAGCCAGAGCUCUUCUUUGAGCUCUGAGCCACAGAGACCUCAGGAAGUGGAGUGUGGGGACUCCCUAGAGAGACAAGCCACUGCUAAAUCCACCAAGAAGACCCGCCCUGCAAACAGCAUGUCUUCUCUGGCUCAGUCUCCACCUGCACCUAAAGAAAGAGUCUUCCCAAGCAUGGAGUCUUUAGCCGGGAGACAUCGUAAAACCAAUCAAGUUCCUGCUGUUGGGGCCAGCUCCAAGCCUCAUAGAACCGCUCUGUACAAGGGUCUAGAGAGCUGGGAUGAAGUGGUGGGGAGGAUCCGCGGACUCCACACAGAAACGCUGAGAAAACUGGCAGCCAAGUGCGAGGAUCGUUUCAUGGCCGGCCAAAAGGAUCACUUGAGAUUUGGCACUGACAGCUGGUCCCACUUCAGGCUGACCACAGGAAAACCAUGCUGCGAGGCUGGAGAUGCUGUGUACUACACUGCCUCUUACGCCAGGGACCCACUGGUCAACUAUGCCAUCAAGAUCUGUCGCAGCACGGUGAAGGAGACGCAGCAGCAGUUCUUCCACAGCCUGGCAGUGAGACAGAGUCUCGCCGUCCACUUCAACAUCCAGCAGGACUGUGGUCACUUCCUGGCUGAUGUCCCCACGCGCAUGCUCCCAUGGGAGGAGGACGAGGAUGAGGAGGAGGAGGAGGAAAGUGAUGACAAGGAGGAAGAGAAGGCAGAAGAGCAACAGGAGGUCAAAAAGGGAGAUGUAAAUGGAGAGGAAGCAGAGGUAGAGAACAAUCCGUCAAGUGACACUCCGGGUAUAAGUCACAUAAAUGCAGCUGGUCACCUGAGGAGCCGAGUGGUGGUGAUCACACGUGAGGUUCCGUUCCAGACAGUGGCUGACUUUGUCCGUGAGGGCAUCUCCAGGCAUGCUCAACAGCCUGAGCUGUAUGAGCGUCAGGUGUGUUUGCUGCUGCUUCAGCUGUGCGCAGGUCUGGAGCACAUGAAACCGCAUCACGUGACCCACUGUGACCUGCGCCUAGAGAACCUGCUGCUGGUUCACUGUCUGCCAGGGAAGCUGGACUCUACCGAGCUCAACAACAAUAGCAACUCCAGUGUGUCGGCGACCAGUGCCGCUGGGGCCACAUGCCCUGCUCGACUCAUCAUCAGUAACUUCUCACAGGCCAAGCAGAAGAGCUCUCUUGUCGCUGUGGACCCUGGUACACUGAGGGACCAGUCACGACUUGCUCCAGAAAUCGUCACAGCUACUCAGUACCGCAAGUGUGACGAGUUCCAGACUGGGAUUCUCAUCUACGAGAUGCUGCACCAGCCGAACCCUUUCGAGGUGACGCCAGAGCUCAAGGAGCGAGAGUACACAUGGGCAGACCUGCCGCCGCUCCCCAGCCGGUCUCUCUACUCGCAAGGCCUUCAGCAGCUGGCUCGGCUGCUUCUCACCGUCAACCCAUCAGAACGCAUUCGGAUGUCGGAGGCUCGAGCCUGCCUGCAGUGCCUGCUCUGGGGCCCACGGGAGGACUUGUUCCAGGCUUUAGGCUGCACCAGCUCUGGGUCAUCAUCCAGCCAGCGUGAUGCAACUCUCCAGAACUGGUUGGACUUGAAGCGGACCCUGAUGAUGAUUAAGUUUGCGGAGCGCUCGCUGGACACUAGCUGUGGUGUGAGUCUGGAGGACUGGCUGUGCUGCCAGUACUUGGCCUUUGCCACGACGGACACCCUGAGCCGCGUCGUCCACAUUCUGCAGCUGCCGCAGAACCCGAACCAGUCCACUCACAUGCCACAUAACCAAGCACAUCCAGCACCCGCAACAACCCGCACCACUUUCACCUGACUCAGACACAGCCACUCUGAGCUGCUGCAGUUACCAUGGCAACAGAGAUGUACUCGCUGUGGCUUCACAAGUUUCUUCUUCACCUGCAGAGAUGCUAAAAAUGACACUCCAGAUAUUAAUCAGAACUGCGUUAGAACGUAACCGUCAGUACCCUUUGCACAGCAGCUUCUUUUCCACUGUGAGUCAUUUCUGGGAACAUUUCAAGUCUCCAGGACUGUCCCAGUUUUAUCUCUUUUCCAAACAGAUUCUCCAAUGUUCAGAAGAGAAGAUUUUCAAAUCAAUUGUUGAUAGAGGAGACAAACAAAUCUGUUUUUGGUCACUACAGCCAAACAGUAUUUUGCUCACAAUUGUUGUGACCCCAAACAUAUUCCUUCAGUGUUCUUUAGAACCUACAAGUUAAAUUGGAGCUGCACAACAGCACUUCACAUGUGAGAGGAACACGAUGUGCACUCGGUAAAAAGAUCUGUCAUCACUGUCGCACACAUUAGUGCAAGAGCACUCAAGUGCCUAACUUUGUCUAAUUUUAAUACACCCAUUGUUGGAUUGUUGCCAACAAGAGGUUGGUUGCCACAACUCACAACUCGAAGGCUUUCCUGCCUUUUUUAAAUGUAUUUUAUUUUCAUUUUUUAAUUUAACACUGACAGUACAAAACACUAUCGGCACACUGCAAAUGAAGAAAAUAAAACAAAAUGACAGUCAACUAAAAUACUACUAAAACGUUCCAGACACAAUACAUACAAGAAAAAUGAAGUAGAAGUAUACAUGUCAGUUUGUACAUUGCUUCAAAUGCUGUGUUUUAGCAUUCAAUAGGUCAGGGACUUCACUUUUUAUGGGAAGAGAAGAGGGAAUCAGAUGGAGUCCUGUUUUAUACAAUUGAGAAAGGGUCCCCAGAUCUCUACAAAGAAAAACAGAGACCUUAUCAUUUAACCACUUGAAGCAUGUCGGGGAAAUCGACCUGCAUUCACUCGAGAUGACUCUCUUUGCCACAAUGAAACAAGCUUUUUGUGUGUUCCUUUUUUAAAUGCUUUCUGAGAACCCCAAAACCACCGGGGUACCACAGGAUAAGCUGAGUGUUUGAAUGCUUUUAUAAAGAAAUGGAAGACCUCAAAAUGUUUUAAGUUUUGAACAGGACAAAAAUAAAUGACCUAAUGCCCUGUUGCUGUUAGUACGUUCAUUAUACAAUGGAGAAAAAGACGGGAAGAUUCUCCUUUCCUGUUUAAUUUGGGUGAGGUGAUUCUCUCUGUCCAGCACCAAAGUCUUGUUCAUUUCAAAAUGUUUUAAUGCAGUAAACCUAUUUUAUGACCUAACUUCAAUCCCUAAUGCUAGUUUAGCUGUAUUUUGGAACAAAGUAGCCAGCUGAGUCUGGAGUUUAAUUCACUUGAGAUCUUGAGGAUUUAACUCUCCUACUUCUGAACUUGCACUUCCCUUACAUAUUCAAUGAAAUCUGAAUCUGUAUUUACCAUUUAUUGGCUUAUUUUAAAUGAUUUCUUUGCUCUUGUGCAGCUCAAAUUGGAAUAGGUUUGAACUUAGCCAUUAUUUAAAGAGGAAGCUUUUGACUAUUUUCUUACAAAGGUCACUAUUUUUGACUUUCUCAUCCUGGCACAUAAACUGACUCUGCAAACACAAAGCAAUUUGCUCACAAUUGCUGGUGAACGAGGAUGUUUCAGUGACUGCACUUUGUGUUGUGUUCUUCAAGUUGGUUUCAUGUCCUCACUGAUCUGCUCGAGGACGAAGUAGAGUUUGUGAACAAAGCUGUUCUACUGAUGCUGCUGCGGAGCACCAGAUGUCACUGAGGUUUUCUGCUCAGGUUUUUGGGCUGCACAGUAUCAAGCAUUAUUUGUAGCUUGUUGGCAUCAGAAUCAGCACAUUACAAAACCAAAUGUGUGCGUGAUCCGGAAACUAUCAAUUGGAUGCUGAACAAUGACAGAGUGAAAUGUUGCUUACUUUUCAUGGGGCUGUAUUUGAGACACAAAGGGUGAGCGCUGUGACAUUAAAAACACUGAAAUCUGGCCAUCAUCACUUGUCAAUAUAACCCUGGAAUGUCCUUAAAUCCGUCUCCAGUAGUCAUACUCAGACCUUCAGAGUUCCUGGCUACAUGCUGCUCUGUCAGGCAUCAAGCUUUUUCAUGAUUGCUCGAUGCUACUUCACGAAUAAGAGUGUUCCCUCCAAUGAAAUAUUAAAAUAAAACAGAUAGAUAUCUCUUAAAAAUAAACAACAAAACCUUUACAGUCACAAGUACGUUGACGGUAGUAGGAAAAGCACACAAACUAGUUGACCGUACAGAGAAAAAAGGCCAUUGAAGGGAGUCUUCUAUGUUGCCAGUGAUACUCACACAGUAUAGUCUUCAACAUAACACCGUGGGUCACAAGGUGAGACGAGUCAGGUGUGAAACAGGUCCUGGUGUGUGACAGUGCAGCAGAUUGCCCACUCUUUAUCCUCUCAUCGAGCAGUUGGCAGUGGUGGACUGCCGGUCCUCCUGCACAUGUUGUGCAGCCCUGGAGUGCACAUGGUCAGCUGAUGCUUGUGUGUGUCAAAAGGAAGUAAUAAAACAUCCUGUGUGAGAAUUUGAAAGCAAAUGUCAGAAAUAUUCAAGGAUGAGACGGAGCAGGUGUGUUUAGUUGCUGUGUACUCAAGAAUGUUUGUGACAGCACUGGUGGCUGUCCUUUUAUGUAGAGAUUUAAAGCGUAAAUAUAUAUAUAUAUAUAUAAAUAUAUAUAACAUGAACAUACACACGUCACUAACUUCCAUGCAAUAUUUCCAGUCAAUUUUUAAGUAGCAUUUUGUUGUUUUAAAGCUUUACUUUCAUCAGUGUUUGGUCUGCACCUGAGCGGAGGAACAUUGACAGAGUUAAGACUGCAGUGCAACAUGAUUUUUGUUUUAUGAGUAGAACCACUCGAGCCUGAGUCACAGACGGAUUCUCAGUACAGUGUACAGUGGACGUCGACGCCCUUCUGAGCACUGGUUGUCUCACCGAUGCUUCUUCUGUCUUCCUGCCCGCCAGUGUUUCUUGUUGACCUCAUUA